CGGCAGCGAGGCGGCACCUAUAUACACCGCGUCGAGCUAAACCCUAACCAGCCGCCCAUUCGCGCCGCCGCCGCAGAAGCCACCGCGCCCCGCAGCUCUCGUCGUCGUCGCCGCGGCCGCUCGAUCACGAUGGCUCCCACCAAGAAGGCGAAGAAGAGCACGGACAACAUCAACAACAAGCUGCAGCUGGUGAUGAAGAGCGGCAAGUACACGCUCGGCUACAAGACCGUCCUCAAGACGCUGCGCAACUCCAAGGGGAAGCUGAUUAUCCUUGCAAACAACUGCCCUCCACUCAGGAAGUCUGAGAUUGAGUAUUACGCCAUGUUGGGAAAAGUUAGCGUUCACCAUUUCCAUGGAAACAAUGUUGAUCUUGGAACUGCCUGCGGCAAGUACUACCGGGUGUGCUGCCUCAGCAUCAUCGACCCUGGUGACUCGGACAUCAUCAACACAACCCCUGCCUCCCAGUGAAGAAGUUUUUACCUAUUUAGUUGAGAUGUAGGGUUCAGACGUGCUUACAUGGCCAAUGGCUGUUUCUUGGUUAUCUUUAGUUGUGUAAUUUUGCUAUGCUGAGUUGGGAUCUGCCAUACAGAUAAUACUCCAUAUUGUUGUUAAGGCAUUUCUAUGGUUUUGUUUGAUGAGAUCUCUAUUUAUAUAUUGAGCAAGUUUAUUCUCC